AUGCGUCUCGCAGUCGUCCUUCCAACCCUCGCAACCCUCACCAUGACCAGCGCCGUCCCCGUUGUGCAGGAUCGUAACCCAAUGCCCACGCCCACGCAGCCUGCUGUCCAGUCAGCAUCUACAGCCACCCCGACACCUUCGGCCUCGGCGACUCCUGUCGGACCCUACACCUGCCCACAGAAACAAACCAAGAAGUGCUGCAUGUCGCUAAGUCAGACGUCAAAAAAUCUUAUGAAGCCUUUGGGUGAUCUCUUGCCAAUUCUGCGCGGAGUCCAGAUCAGUUCGUCGGUAUCGUUUCAAUGCAGGGAUAUGCGAGAAAGCGAGGCCCCCGACCAUUGCGUCGACGACGAUUACAGUCCCAUGUGCUGCAUCAACGAGAUCACGGAGGGCAUCGACAAGUGUAAGCCAUUCGCACUCGCCAAGGAAGAAUACUACCGGACAUUUGGAUACGGCCAGGAGAGCCAAGUGGACUUGAUCAAUGACGUUGUUUGA